GCCACUUCAUGUUUGGAUCAGGAUGUGCCACAGCACUGCUCCCCAUUCUGACUCGCGUAUUCUUUCUGCCCACUCUUCCACAACGUUCCCUCCCUGAGUCUUGGAGGGCCAACAUUUUCACUAGUAUUUUCUUGGGGUGCAGCAGGAAGACAAUGACACCUGGAGACGGAGGGCUCAGCUCCAGUCCUGGCUUUCUCACUUGCUAAUUUUGAGCUGGAAAUACCUGUGCGAGAUGCCAACCCUGCCGGCGUGGGUGGUGCAAGCUUUGGUUAUUUUCCUCACCACCGGAUCUACAGGUCAACUUCUGGAUCCAUGUGGUUAUAUCUACCCUGAAUCUCCAGUGAUACAAUAUGGUUCAAAUUUCACUGCAGUUUGUGUGCUGAAGGAAAAAUGUAUGGAUAAUUAUAAUGUCAAUGCCACCUACAUUGUCUGGAAAACAAACCAUGUGGCUGUGCCUAAGGAGCAGUAUACCAUCAUCAACAGAACGGCCUCCAGUGUCACCUUUGUGAGCAUGGCUUACCUGAGCGUGCAGCUCACCUGCAACAUCCUUACCUACGGGCAGCUGGAGCAGAAUGUGUAUGGAGUCACAGUAGUGUCAGGCUUUCCUCCAGAAGAACCUAAAAAUCUGAGUUGCAUUGUGAACGAGGGAAAGAAAAUGAUGUGUCAGUGGGAUCCUGGAAGGGAAACGUAUUUGGAAACAAACUUCACUUUAAAGUCUGAAUGGGCGACAGAGAAGUUUGCUGAUUGUAAAACAAAACGUGGCAAUCCCACCUCAUGCAUUGUUGACUAUGCUCCUAUCUAUUUUGUCAACAUUGAAGUCUGGGUAGAAGCAGAAAAUAGCCUUGGAAAAGCUACAUCGGAGCACAUCAACUUUGACCCUGUGGAUAGAGUGAAGCCCAACCCACCUCGUAAUUUGUCAGUGAGCAACUCAGAGGAACUGUCCAGCAUUCUAAAAUUAUCAUGGAUCAACCCAAACAUUAGGAACGUUAUAAGACUGAAAUACAACAUUCAGUAUAGGACCAAGGAUGCCACAGCUUGGAGCCAGAUCCCUCUUGAAGAUACAGUGGCCACUCGAUCUUCAUUCACUGUCCAGGACCUUAACCCUUUUACGGAGUAUGUGUUUAGGAUUCGCUGUAUGAAAGAAGACGGUAGGGGCUUCUGGAGUGACUGGAGUGAAGAAGCAAGUGGGGUCACAUAUGAAGACAGGCCAUCCAAAGCACCAAGUUUCUGGUUUAAGAUAAAUCCAUCCCGUACUCAGGACUACAGAUCUGUACAACUCAUAUGGAAGACUUUGCCUCCUUUUGAAGCCAAUGGGAAAAUCUUGGAUUAUGAAGUAACUCUUAGAAGAUGGAAAUCGCCUUCCCAAAACUACACAGUUAAUGACACGGAGCUGACAGUGAAUCUCACAAAUGAUCGCUACGUGGCAACUCUGGCAGCAAGAAACCGUGUGGGCAAAUCUGAUGCGUCGGUCCUGCCCAUCCCUCCCUAUCCUUUUCAAGCUUCUCAGCCGGUAACGAAUCUUAAAGCAUUUCCAAAAGAUAACAUGCUAUGGGUAGAAUGGACAGCUCCAAGCAAGUCUGUGAGGAAAUACAUCCUUGAGUGGUGCGUGCUGUCGGAUAGCUCGCCCUGCGUCCCAGAUUGGCAGCAAGAAGAGGGUACAGUGCAUCAGACCUACUUAAAAGGGAACAUCGAGGAGAGCAGGUGCUACCUGAUCGUGGUCACGCCUGUGUACCCCGCCGGGCCCGGGCACCCUCAGUCCGUGAAGGCGUACCUCAAGCAAGCCGCCCCUUCCAAAGGACCUACUGUGCGGACAAAGAAAGUGGGGAAAACUGAAGCAGUCUUAGAGUGGGAUCAACUUCCUGUUGAUGUGCAGAAUGGAUUUAUUAGAAAUUAUUCUAUAUUUUACAAAACCAUCGUUGGAAAUGAAACUGUGGUGAAUGUGGACUCUUCGCACACGGAGUACACGCUGUCCUCGCUGACCAGUGAUACUCUGUACAUGGUGCGCAUGGCGGCAUACACAGAUGAAGGCGGGAAGGAUGGGCCAGAAUUCACGUUCACGACACCAAAGUUUGCUCAAGGGGAAGUGGAAGCCAUCGUUGUGCCUGUGUGCCUAGCGUUCCUGCUGACCACCCUCCUGGGAGUCUUGUUCUGCUUCAACAAGCGACACCUCAUUAAAAAGCACAUCUGGCCUAAUGUUCCAGACCCUUCAAAAAGUCAUAUCGCCCAGUGGUCACCUCACACACCACCAAGGCACAACUUCAAUGCUAAAGACCAAAUGUAUUCAGAUGGCAAUUUCACUGACGUAAGUGUUGUGGAGAUAGAAGCAAAUGACAAAAAGCCUUUUCCAGAUGAUCUGAAAUCACUGGAUCUGUUCAAGAAGGAUAAGGUCAGCGCCGAAGGACACAGCAGCGGCAUCGGGGGCUCGUCGUGCAUGUCGUCCUCCAGGCCCAGCAUCUCCAGUGGGGACGAGAACACCGCGAGCACCGUCCAGUACUCCACGGUGGUGCACAGCGGCUACCGGCACCAGGCCCCCUCGGUGCAGGUCUUCUCGAGGUCAGAGUCCACCCAGCCCCUGCUGGACUCCGAGGAGCGGCCGGAGGACGCGCAGCUCGUGGCCGAGAGUGGAGACCGCGGCGACAGCAUCCCGCCCCGGCAGCAGUAUUUCAAACAGAGCUGUGGCCAGCCUGACACCAGUCCAGAUACCUGCCAUUUUGAAAGGUCAGACCAGCUCUCGUGUGGCAGUGAGGAAGACUUGGUUAGACUGAAACAGCAGCCGGGUCUGGGUCACACCUCACAGCCCUGCGGAUCGGAGCAGGUGAAAGCGCUUCAGGAAGGCUCUGCAGCAGACACGUUUGGCCCAAGGGCAGAGGGACACACAGAGAAGCUGGAAACAGUUGGAGUGGAGGCUGCCCUUGACGAAGGCAUUCCUAAAAGUUACUUACCACAGACUGUAAGACAAGGCGGCUACGUGCCUCAGUGAGAGGAGCUGCUGCUCCAGCCUGAGCGGCGCCCGCGACGUGAAGCUGAGUGCUCGUGCACCCACAUGGACGCGACCUUCACUCACUGCAGAUAAUCAUGUGUCCGUGAGGACAAGAUCCCAUCUGGGCCACCUCCAUUCCAGAAAGUCUGGGAUUCUACUUCAAGCACUACAUAAACUGACUUUGUCCUCUGAAUAGCUGAGUGACUAUGCUGUUUUGGGAUGUUUGCACUGAAGAAAAACGAAGCUUGUCUGAAAUGUAUAAAGCCGAACUUGGUUUUGCUAUGUGGAAAACAAAGGGUAUUCACCCUGACAUACUGAGUACGGUGGUACUGAUUUUGAUGAGAACAGUCGUCCCAGAGUGGCUUAGGGGGUCCCAGGGAAGCUAGGAGACCCCCCCCCCCCCCCGCUUGUGCUUCAGUUAAAAGGAGCUCAUAGAGUGUAAUCAUCCAAGGUUUGAGGUCUCACAGAAGAAGCAAUGAAGGCAGAUUCAUUUAUAGUUGUACUAGUAGAGAGAAUAUUGGCUAUUUACCUUCUAUUGGUAUUUAUCCUGCCAAGAAAGAAAAGAAGUGAGCUAUCACUUGGCAGAGUACAAAUACUCAUUUUCUUAAUAUUAUGUGAUCAGAAAGCUCACUAAGAUUUCAAAAGUUUGCUUUUUAAUAUUGGCAGCCUCUUGAAAGUCCAUUCUUGAAACUCAACAGAGGGCCCUGACAGGAGCUAGCAGUGAACAUCAUGAACUAUCUCAAACAUUUUAAAAACUGCCAUUUUUAGAGGCUGAAAGUGUUGACAUAUAUAUACCCACCCAUCCAUCCAUCACGGGCCAUUAUUAAGAUUUCAGAGAAUGUGAGAAAGCACUUUACACAGUGCGUCGUCAGCUUAAAGUGUAUUUUAAUUGUUUUUUACUCUUAAAAAUGCCAGAUUUCAAUGUUCCACCUCCUAGUAGUGCUGGGAACAGACUGUAGAGGGCAGUACUCACCACACAAAAGCAAAAUACCAGAAAACACGCACACUAAUGCAGCCCAUGCCGCGGUUGCAAUUACCCUCAUUGCAGAGAAUCCCAGCAAAGACAUAAGGGCUAGCUGUUGUUUGUUUGGAGCAUGGAGGUUCGAACCCAGGGCCUUGCAUGUACUAGGCAAGUGCUCUGCCACUGAGCUUACAGCCUUAGCUCUGAUUUUUUUUUUUUUUUCCCAGACACGUUUUCACUACAUUGCCCAGGCUGAUUCCAGUACAGGCUCAAGUGAUCCUCUUGCCCCGGCCUCCAGAGUAGCUGGGACUGUAGAUGUGUGCUACCACACCCAGGAAGAGGUAGUAUUUUUAAUAUCUGAGGAAGAAUGAAACUUAACCCUACAUUGUGAUUUAGGAAUCUUUAAACCAGUGAUCUAGGCCUCCAGGACUCAGUGCUGAAGCUGUCAGUGCAUGGUGUCACACAACACCCGGAUGUGACAUGGAGGCAGUGCAGCUACGAAGGCCUGAGGAAAUGAGACGUGGUCACGCUCUGCCAGUGGUUGGCUGCUACCGGGUGCAUUCAGAGGAGACAGGAUCCUUUUCAUUGAACAUUGAGGUUUCAGAGCAUGGCCACACUUAGAAUAGAAGAAGUUAAUAAUACAAGGCUAAGAGCAGUUGGUGUACAUACAUUGAUAACUGAAAUAUGCUUCUAGUUUUUCCUCAGCAUACUGUUCAUGUUAGAUCAUUUGAUUUCUUGCAAUUAUGUAAUUCCUUCCUAAGUUCUUUCACACGCAUGAAACCGGAGAUGCUUUGUUCUCGUAUGUCGUUUGCCCAUCCUAGGCAAAGCCAACAUGAGAGAUGUAAAGUGACAGAAUUGGAAGCAGAUGGAAAAAAUCAGGGACAGGAGACCCAGACUCCCAGUACAAGAUCAUCACCACCAUUUGAUUGGGACAUCAAAGUCUGGUCCAGGUCAGCACUAAGCUUGGCCUGCUGUGGAUGAAUCUGUCAGGCAGGAAGCUUACAUCUAGCUUUCGUUUCCUCAGAACAGUCAUGUUUCUGUAAACAUGUUAGCUGCACUCUUCUUCAGAACAGGCAGCAGUGUCAUGAGGAGCACUGUGCUUUGCACAGGGGGAGGGAGGGCAAGAUGUGCGCUCACAUUUCAAGAGCAUGAGAAUGAAGGGCCUCGGGGAAGCAGAUCUGUGAGUCAAAACCCACGGAGCAUGUGGUGCAGCAGUGAGCGCCUCUCCCUAGCACUUUAGAUAUUAGAUGGUUAUGUGGUUACUGUGCAAAAAUACACCCUAGAAAUAGGUAUUGGAGCACUAAUCAUGUAAUAUGCAUCUCUGCCCUGAAAGAAAAAUGAUGUAAAACUUGUCUUAAAUCCAAACUUUUCCUAGAGCAUGUUUUAGGGUCAUCUGUUUGGAUGCAUGUACCUUGAUUGUAUUUUAGGUAAGCAGAGAAACAAAACUGAUUUAUUUAUCUAAAAACUAGACAAAUAAAAGUAGUAGAUUUAUUACUCUACAUCUUCAGCGUGUAAAACGUGGUUUAAAGUAGUGCCCAUCAGAAAGCACCUCUUUGUAAAUAAAGCAGCUUCAGUGCCUCUUAUGUAGCUGCCCUGUUAGGGUUGGGGAGGGGCCAACAUGUGCUGCCUGUGUUGCUGUUAUACUUGGGCUAUCAGUUACUGGUAUCUGAGAUCCCACCCUCCUCUCAUACAUGUUUAUAAUGCUGAUUAGCUAUUAGAAAACUAUUAAAAACCGAACUUUUACCCAUGAGCCAUGAAUCACUCAGUACAUGAAUCAGUACUCAGGAACAGGCCUAACAUUCGAGUAGAAGCAGAGAGGAAAGUGUGAGCGUCAUCUGUGACCGCGUCUGCUUGCUACCGAGGCUAGUACAUUUCAGCUUGAUGCCUCAGCAAGAGGUUUUACCAGAGUCGGCACCGGCUCUUGUUCUGACAUCAGAGGUUAAUGAAGUUGAGGUGCACUUACAGGACAUUUUAUUUAAGCUCAUAUUUAAGGACUAUCUAAUGUACUUCUAGAAGUAGAAAUCAGAUACAAUUUUAAAUGUCUUUAUUCUAACCACAUAACUAGUUAGAACCAUGACAUAAAUGUAGAGGUAGAAUAAUCAUAUGAUUUGCCCAAAUAUUUGAUAUGCAUUAAUGUAUUAAGCCAGAGAGAUUUUACCGCAUUCUAUUCUCCCUCUGAUUUGGCCCAUUCUAUUUUAAGAGCAGAUUUCUAAAACAUAUACUUCUGUUUGACUAAAAUUUCAGAGAAAUGAGUAAAAUCAAAAUAACAAGCCACAUAAUAUCUACAGCCGGACAUGGUGCCACCCACCUUUAAUGCCAGCACCUGGGGAGGCAGAGGUAAGGAAGAUGGUUGUGAGUUCAAAGCCAGCCUGAGACUACAUGGUGAAUUACAGGUCAGCCUUCAGUAGAGUGAGAUCCUACCUUGACAAAAACACCUAAAGGUAGAUUGCUCAAAAAAUGCUCUGGGCCUAGCUUUCUGUGGUGGGCACUUCUGCUAGAUCUUACUGCCCAGGUAAGAUUGGUUUUUUAAAAAAAAAAAAACAGUACCUUCCUGUAAAUUA